UUAUUUAUUAUCUUCUAAAUAUUUAUUUGGAUCAAUUCCAAAUGGUCUAUUCCCCAGAACUUGGCUAUGAUCCAGAUGAAUGGGAAGAGUGCAGUGACGACAAGGCUUUGCCUGUCGUCGUAUUAUUCGGGCUAAGUAUGUUUAGCCGUGCCUGUAUAGGCAUAGGAACUUUAUUGUUGGCAGCAUUCUUCUUCUGGUAUUUAGAAGCAAAUAAACGUCGAAAUCAUGGAGAAAAAGACGAAGACGAAAAAGAGAAAACUGAAAAGAAAAAAUUAUUAAAAUUGCCGUCUGAAGAGGAAGAAGAUUUUUCUGCUGAAACAAUUUUGGAAAUGGCUAGUAAAGAAGUUGAACAAAAGGCCAGAACUGAGAGGAAAAGCAGCUCAAAACGUAAAUUGAGUGCAGAAGAAAUAAAUGCUUUAAUGGCCUGGAAGGCGGAGGUACAUAAACUUGAACAGGAACGUUUCCGUGCUGCUUCUCAAGAGCCUAUAGAAUUAACCCAACAACAAGUUGAGGACACUACAAGUGUAGAACAACAAAGUAUGGCUCCUUUAAUAACAAUAGCUUCUACCUCCACAGAAACUGCAGCAACAGUUUUGGAGAAACCCCAACAAGAACAACAAAUUCCAUCCCCAAUUUAUUCCACUCCUUUUGGUAAAACACAAGAAGAACGUUUUACUUAUGAGGACAAUUUAUUACCUGAUGAAGAAAGAGAUUCCACAUACAAUUUACAAGAAAAUCAAAAUUUACAAAAGGAAAAAAACAUUCCUCAACAAACUUUUCAACAUAAACUUGAACGCCAAGUCGAAAUGAACUCAGUCCCUCUAAUUCAAUUAAAUAUUAAAUCUUCCCAAUAUGGAGAGCCUGGCAAAACACCAACUAGCACACCCCAAGAUGGUGUUCCUUUAAUUCAAAAAUUACCAGAACUUGCAGCACAUUAUCGUCGAAUGGCUGACCAAUUAACCCAAAAAUUAUUAACAGAAUUAGACGAAAUAGGCAAAGGAGGCUUUGAUCCAGCAACAGUUACAGCUGUUUUACAAGAUAAACAUAGAAGUGAUAUUGAUGAAGGGUUGGCAGAAACUGGGGCUCCGCAAGAUAUUCAACAACAUUUGGCUCGUCAAUUAGAUUCCCACGUUGCUUCAAUUGUUGUUAGAGAAUUAAGACGUCGUUCAUCCACAACAGCUUUGUUAAAACUUGAACAGCAACAACAAGAAUUAUUAAAUAAACAAAAAGAAGCAGAAAAAGAAGGAGGAGGUGGUGGGCCUAUUUUAAAGAAAGAUUCUUCUAGUAGCGAUGAUAAUGAAUUUGUUAAAAUUGGUUUACCUGGAUAUGCCUGUUUUCCUCCACUUCCCCCACCACUAACUACUACAAGUCCAGCAUCAGUUGUAGUAGUCUCACAAGAACAACACCAAUCUAAACAUUCUCCCCCUCCCUCACAACCUCCUCCCCAACCUUAUUUACUUCUUCAACAACCAUUAAUAUCUCCACAAAGUGGCGGAAGUAUAACAACAGAUGAAGAAGAAGAAUAUGAUGAGGGAAGGGAAGGACAAACAAAUAUCAGAAUUUCUUUAUUUUCUAAUAACGGGGAUGGAGAUGGAAUGAGUACAACUGCAGAUGAUAUUGAAUUUGUGCCCAGAGGGAGUACACAAUAUCAGAAAGUGGAAACAACAAAAAUUCAGGAACAACAAAAACAGCAACAAAAUCACCAUCCUCUAAAUGCUGAGGAAGCAAAACAAGUAGCAGCAUUACUGCAAGAAUAUGAAACCCCAACAACUGCAACAAUCGAGUUAGAAAAACAUAAACAGGUUGAGGAAGAACGACAAAAACAUUCUAAAAAAAUAAAAACAACGAGGGAAGAGGAAAUUAUUUCUUUACCAGAAUCAGCUAAACAAACACCCGGCGGUUCAAUUUCCAUCCCAGAAUCCCCAGCUUCUUUAGGCUUCGAUAUAAUCAGCUUUCCUCAGUCUCCAAUUGAAAAAGAAACAGCACAAACAGAUGAUACUGUAAUAAUUGAAACAGCAGAAAUUAAUCUAAACAUCCAACAACAAAAACAGCAAUCAGAACAAAGUUUAGAACAACAAAAAUUGGCGACGGUUGUUUUUCCUUCUUCUCAAUCUCAAGUUGCUUCAACUUACUUACAACAAUCUCCACAAACAAAACCCCCAACAUCGCCUAUUAAACAACAAACAGCAGAAUCCCUGUUACAAGAAGCAAUAGAUUAUAUGCAACAACAAGAAGGUCAUUUACCUUUGAGAGAACAACAACAACAAAAACAACAAAAAAGGAUAUCAUUAAGACAAUCAGGGGAAUUUGUUAUGGAAGAAGAAAUGUUGGAGAGUGAAGAAAUUCCUGGGGGUCCCCCUGUAAUAAUACAUUCAAGACAAAAAGGAACUCCAGUUUUUGGAAGAAAAUCGUCAAAGGAAUUGACUGACAUAGACAAAAACAAAACAGCAAUGGCAGUCCUAAGUCCUUCAUCCCCACAAGGAUUAUUGGCUGAAUCAGCUGGUGGUUCAACUCCAGGUGCUGAUGGGACUAGUAAACAAAUAGUUACAAAUGAAGUUUUUGAUAAACCCGACCCAAUACUUCUUUUUGAAGACGGAGAUGAUGAUGUUACUCACGCACCUGAAAUACAAUCAAUGGAAAUACCACCAGACCAAUUAAGCCAAGCAGAUUCUUUAAAUUUGGUUGAUGAAAAUUUCUCUGAACAUCAAGAAUUGGGAGGAGGAGGAGGGGUUACAACAACGAAUUUAGAAUUAAAAAGGCAACUGUCUGAGCCACAACAACCACAAAUUCCCCCUCCAAAACCUCCAAGAACUUCUUUACAUUUUGAAGAUAAUGAAAUGGCUGAAAUAUUGAAACAACAAAAAUUAGAAGAAGAUUCUAAGAAUUUUGUUGGGCAAACAGAAGAGAAGAAACAUCAACAACAAAUAUUCAAUCAAAACACACAAUUAAAUAAACAAAACGAACAAAUAAUUGUUUUACCCCCACACCCACCAGAAUAUCAACAACAAAAACAACAAAUAUAUCCAGAUCAAAAACAAAAUCCCCAGGCACCACAAUUUCUUUUAAGAAGUACUUUCACUGAUGAUUCAACUUCAUCGCUAGAUACAACGUCAAUUAGACAAAGUUCAUUAUUGAGUGUUGUUGGUGUUACAAGCACACAAGAAAUGCUGUUAAAAUUACAGAGUUUGGAAGCAUUAUCAGAAGCUAUGCGUAAAGCUGGGUUGGAAUCAUCAAAUUUGAUAUUUGGGAUUGACUACACAGCAAGUAAUAAAUAUCAAGGUGAAAGGUCAUUUAAUGGACGUUCACUCCAUUCUGUGGAUGAAAAAGGAAUUGAAAAUCCUUACCAACAAGUUAUAAAAAUAAUGGGGAGGACAUUGGCCCCUUUUGCCGGUACACAAUAUGGAAUUCCCGCUUUUGGAUUUGGAGAUGCUAGUACUGGGGAUUGGUCUGUAUUUUCUUUGAAUGGAACUACAGAGGGGGAAUGUAAUGAUUUGGAUGAUGUUUUGAGAAUCUACAAUCAAGUAACACCAAAAGUCGAUCUCAGUGGCCCUACAAAUUUUGCUCCAUUAAUAUAUCGCUCAAUGGAAAUUUGUUAUGCGAGGAAGGAUUACCACAUUCUUGUAAUUAUUGCUGAUGGGCAAGUAACUAAUGAAAGGGCAACACGUAAAGCUAUUGUUGCUGCCUGUCAAUAUCCUUUGUCAAUAAUUGUUGUCGGUGUUGGGGAUGGACCAUGGGAUAUGAUGAAGGUCUUCGAUGAGUCCUUGCCAAAACGACCCUGGGACAAUUUUCACUUUGUUGAAUUUCAUUCACUCUUCACUGAUGAAAAUAUGAAUCAACAAUCCUCUUCCAAAGAAUUGUCUUUUGCUAUCAACUCCCUGCUUGAAAUUCCCGAUCAGGCAAAAUUUUUUAUUAAAAUGCUUGGGAAAUAUUUCUUUUAAUUUUUAGUACAACAUUGUUCGCAAGCUAGGCAUGCUCUUUCCUAGCUACUACUACAGUCGCGCCCACCAUCGUUCUCCCAGAUCCCACUCACCAAAGCUCACGCUAGCAGUACAAAAACAACCUCAAGAACA